UGUUGAACAACACAUCACAAGUAUUCAAUCAAAACUUGUGUUCUAUCAAAAAACAUAUUUCCAACCGCCAAAAUCGCCUUUUUUCUCAUUGACUUGACCAUUAACGUACGAGUGUGUGCUUACUUCCCCCUUAAGAAGUAAUCAGAUAACAGCAUCACCCUCGCGGCAAAACUGGAUCAAAAGAUUGAAUGCAAGGCCCCCUGGUGGCCAAGUACACUCCGAAUGCCAAGUAAUUGAUCAAUUGAUGGGCCAACUUCGACCUGGUCAUCAUCAUUCUCCAAGGACCUGAGGCCAAACAUAAAACAGUCCACAAAAACCAACUCCCCAUAGCAGUGGACAAAUAUGUGGUCGGGCGUUUUAAGCAGUUACGCGGAAGAUUGGAGCAUUAGAAGACGAACUAGUUGAAGAAGAAUGGAAGUUCUCGCAACACCCGCGAAAGACUUGGGAACAAGCUAAUGCCAGGGAUAUGGAGAAGAAUGGUCAAGUCCAAGAUUGGCGCGCGUAUUCUUCCAUUUGGAGCGAUGAGGGCUACUCUUCACCAAAGUGCCGAGAUACGCAACGGAAAUUGGUUCUCCUUCCCUAUUUCAGUGUUUGGAGAGCCUUUGCCGAGCACAGACAAAGCUUGAGAACCAAGGCCGAGUUUUAUUACCGAUACAAUGUGUUGGAACUGUAUUUUGGAACAUGGAAGGCUGAAUGGAGACGAGUGAAAGUUUUGAGCCGAGCCGAAAUGGAAAAAUUGGAACAGGACCGGUUGGAAGAAACUAAUACUGAGGCGCAAGAGUUUUACGCCAAGAUGAUCCUCACCCGGUAUUUUAGAAUAUGGAGGGCAUGUGUGGUCCUUAUUGGGCUGAACCCUGCACAUCGAGGUCAUCGCAGACCCAAUGUCCGCUCAAGAAUUGAUAGCUACAUAGAGAGCACUCAAACUGCCAGGAAUCGAGUGAAGGUUGGGGUUCGUUCUCCAAUAAGGCGGGGUCGACAAACCGCCUACUCUUGGCGAAGAAACCACAUCCGGACAGAGCCGCCUUUGUCGAAGACUUUGAUAUCCACAUCUGCCAGAAUUAUGGACUUGCACAUUCCAAAUUCCUCACAAUCUCUGACUGAAGGCGCCAUCAAGACCUUCGAAUUUCAAUGGGGUCUUGGUCGUGAUUCCGAGUUUAGCAAUAUGAAUGGUGAAACCACCGACAUUCAUACCAAGCUUCUGCCAACCAUCACUGGACAUGCACCAGAGUCACUGCCGCUCAAUGCCAAUUUUGAUGACCUUCCUGAGAAUGACAAGGAUCGUAAAAUCGAGUUACAAAAGUUGCUUAUUCAAGAGCAAAGGAAUCGACUCCGGGAUCAGCAACGCCAUAUUUAUGACCUAGAGGUCAUGAAACAGCAAUAUCUGGCUGGUCACCCAAUCACAAAUAAGGAGCUUCUCCAUCAAGUCCUCAAACCGAUGAAUGGAAAUGGAGAGUAUGAUUGGAACGGAAAACAUACGAUACCACUUUCAGCUCGAUCUUUAACUCCCAAACUGAGGCACGAAUGGACUGGGCUUGAAAGCGUUUUGGAGGAGUCUGAUUUGCCCGAGAUUAGCAAUGAUAAAAAACUAUACCAUCCCAAUAUGGGUUUGAACGGCUUAAACCCGUACAACCUCUUUCGUCCGGAAGUCCGUCAGAAUAAAACCCACGAGGUGCCAGCUUUUCAUAAGCUGAAGGCAGCCGAAAGGCGGCAAAAGAUGGCCCAAAUCAAGAGUCAAAAAGAGCGGGAUUUUCAAGAUGAGCAGACCAGACGACGAGAACAACUGAAGCUACGAAAAGGCCGAAAGAAGCAGCUUCAAUUGCUCAGCGAAAAGUAUCAAAACCAAAUGAUUUUGGCGGACGACUUCAAUAGGCAAUUGUCCUUGAACUCGUAUGGAUUGCGACCUUGGCGGAAACUGGUGACAGACACUCAUCUAAAUGAGUUUAUUGCAGAAAAGCAUUGUGAACACUCGAGUUUGAAAAAGUGCUUCUCAGCCUGGGCUCAAAUGACUCGCUGGGUUGUGGCCACAAAGAAGGCCAAGGCUGACAACUUUCAUCGGAUCACUAUCCUAAACAGAUGGCUCGCCAAAUGGAUUGAGGUACUCGUCCCGUAAUAAUAUUUCAUCCUGUUUAUAUUACUCUAUUAUUUGUAAUUGUAGUCAUCAACCUUUUAAAUAGAAGAACUAGAGAUAUUUUCAUAACAAAGCGUUGUUCAGUAAUUCAACAAGCAAUCAAAAAUGAACACUUUCAAUUUUCAUGUGACUUUAUAUUCAUCAGAAAGUUGAUUCAUCUACGAAUUAGAGUUCGUGGAUUAGACUAGCCAUUGAAUGUUAGGUUGAUCAGGAAUUUUAUGCAAAGAAUUUUCUGAGGCUGGCUUAAAACUUACUGCAGGAGAAAUGGCUACAUUUUUCCAAGCGAAUAUUGAACAAUAAGGGAGCCCCAAAAAGC